CUAGAAAUGUUUGAAAAGUCGCUUACAGAUCUCAUUCGUGGUAUCCGCGCAAACAAGAAAAAUGAGCAAAAGUACAUUGCUGCGUGCUUACAGGAGAUCCAUCAAGAAGUAAAGAGUAAUGAUCACGAUGUAAAAGCACUGGCAAUAUCAAAACUGACUUAUCUUCAAAUGCUAGGCUAUGAUAUGUCAUGGGCAUCUUUUCAUGUUGUUGAGGUUAUGUCAUCGGCAAAAUUUUUUCAAAAACUUUCGGGUUACUUGGCGGCCACACAAUCCUUCCGGCAGGAUACAGAUGUAUUAAUGUUAACUACUAAUUUAUUAAAAAAGGAUCUCGCAUCAGGAAAUCACCUUGAGGUCGGUAUAGCUCUUAAUGGACUCUCUCAUAUCGUCACACCAGAUCUUGCUCGUGAUCUUUGUCAGGAUCUUGUUUCAAUGCUUAGUCAUUCUCGUCCUUAUGUGCGAAAAAAAGUGGUGCUUGUUCUUUAUAAACUUUUUCUUAAAUUUCCUGAAGCUUUGAGAUUAAGUUUUCCCCGUUUGAAAGAACGGCUUGAUGAUCCUGAUCCAUCGGUCGUAUGCGCUGUUGUUAAUUUUGGUGCUUUAACACCAUUGGAGCCACGCCUUGCCAAGAAACUUUUACCACCAAUUACACAACAAAUACAAACAACUCAAGCCAUGUCAUUACUAUAUGAAUGUAUACAUACCGUAAUUAUUGGUGAGAUGCUAACGUCGGGUGGAAAUUCAGAUGCUUUGGCUGCAAUGUGUGUCAACAAGUUGAGAAUAUUUCUAGAGGAUCCUGAUCAGAAUUUGAAAUAUGUUGGACUCUUGGCAUUAUCCAAAAUUCUUCCAGCAUAUCCAAAAUUGGUAGCAGAAAACCGUGAUAUUAUUCUAAAAUGUAUUGAUGACCAUGAUAUUAGUAUCCGUUUACGUGCAUUGGACUUAGUUGUUGGCAUGGUUAAUAAAAAAAAUCUUACAGACAUCGUCAAACGCUUGAUGUCGCAUCUUUUACCAUCAAAUAAUAAUAAUGACUCAGGACAUCCACUUCCAUCAACAUUGCUUGAACCAGCUUAUCGAGCAGACAUAAUAAAUCGGAUUAUAUAUAUAUCUGGUGUUAAUGUUGGUGAUCUACUAACAACACAAAUAAUGGAUGUUGGUGUUCGUGUCAAGGGUGUACGGCAAUAUUGUGUAAAGGCAAUGCAAAGGUUGCUAUCAGAUUCUAGUCUUUUGGAAAAUUCUAAAUUUUCAGAAUCUAAUGCUGAAGUGCUUUAUGCUGCUGCUUGGAUAACGGGAGAAUAUUGCAGUUAUCUGGAAACGCCAAUUGAUACCAUUGGAUAUCUUGUUCAGCCUGGUGUCACAAAGCUUUCGCAUAACGUUCAAGCUGUUUAUAUUCAAACUAUUUUGAAAAUAUAUGCACAAUGGACAAACAGUUUGACUUAUAACUGGGAUGAGGAUUCAAAACAGGAAUUAUUGCGGUUUACAGAAAUGAUAAAAGAUAAAAUCUCAAUAUUUUGUUCUAGUACCGAUUUGGAAGUUCAGGAGAGGGCGUACAAUGCACGAGAGAUAUUUUCAAUAAUCCAUCAAAAUUUGACUAUGACACCAGAUAAUUCGUUUGAUAUUAAAAAUGAUAUAUAUACCUCAACCAAUAAAUCUCCUGACGUCAUCCCUGAACUUUAUUCGCUUUUUUUUUCCUAUGAACUUAACCCCGUGGCUCCUAAAGCACAAAAAAAGGUGCCUGUUCCUGAUGGAUUAGACUUAGAUGCAUGGAUUAAUGAACCGUUACCUGAAUCAGAAAACAAUGAGAGUGAAGAAGAGGAAGAAAGUUAUGGGUAUGGAUAUACUCAAAAGUUUGGUGGGAGUGGUGAUUUGAUAUUUUCUAGUGGUAGUGGUACAGCAAUUGGAAGGCGUCGCGGUAGAAAAUCAAGUAAAAAAAAGUACGACAGUGAAGAAGAUGAGGAAAUUAAGGAAAAGCGUCGUAAAGAACGUAUUGAACGUAUCAAGAAUGAUCCAUUUUACAUUAGUAAUACAGGAAAAGAUAUAUUGAAAAAUUCAAAAUCAGAUAGUCUAUCAAAGCGUAUUACGGAAGAAAUUGACGUGGAUUCUAUACCAGUAGUUCGUUUAACAAUGGAUGAAUUUAACUUUAAAAGAGAUAAAAAAAAAUCCAAAAAAUCUAAAGCAUCGAAAAAAGAAGACCGACAUUCACCGCCACUUGCCCCACCGGUUAUUUAUACUGAUAUUGGUGAGAUGCCAGAGAAUGCUACUAUAUCCGAUGAAGAAAAGGAUACUACAAAGACCGGCUAUAACAAUAAUCCUUGGAAUACAAUAUCAAGCAAAACUGGUAUUUUGGAUGUAGAUUUUUCUGGUGUAUCAAAUGUAGACCUGUCAACACCAUUAGGAAAGGAUGAGACAUUUCCACAGGCUGCAGUUUAUCUUGCACCCGAGGAGGUUCGAAGGCGAGAAGAGGAAAGGAUAAGACGAAGAAUUGAAGAAAGACGAAUCAAGCAAGCACAAGAAAGUACAUCUCGGACUAAAAAAAACAAGGACGAAAAACAAAAAGCGAAAGUCUCUUUGGAGGUUACACCAAAAGCAAAAAGUGCAGAAAAUCAUGGUGAACAAUCUUCUAAAUCCAAGAAGACACCCAAGAAAAAACGAGUUGAAGAUACUGAUGAUCGAAAGAAAAAAGGAAAGAAGGACAAAGGAAAGAAACCAAAGAAGAAGAAUUUAACAUCUGAUGGUGCCACAUCAGAACAUAAUAAUGUAGUUGUAGAACCACAUCUAAUUAGCACUGUCCCAAUCAAAUUGGUGGAUUCAGACGAUAUUCAAGUUCUUUAUACGUUAAGAUUAGGUUCUUCUACAGAAGCCAAAAAUGAAGCUCCUAUAAUGAUUGCGGAUUUCACUGUUCGCAAUAAUUGUUCAGACAAAUAUCCCCUUUCUAAAUUGGCAUUCACUUUUGAAUCAACAUCAGACAUUCAAUUUGACAAAGCAUUAAUAGAAAUAGGUGAAUUACAACAUGAUGAGCAGAAAAGUGUGACUAUAGAAUUUAAAGUCAUGGGAAUUGUUGGCGCGGGUUUAAGUGUUUCUGGGAACAUUACGUACGAAAUACAGUCGGAUGAAGAAACAAAGACAAAUUCUGAUAUACCAAUAAGAUUUGAGUUACCUAUGGCAGUAUUCAUGCUAAACAUUCCAAAAAUAACACCAGAAGAGUUUAAGUCGUGUGUUUCCAAAACAGCAGACUUUCCAUUUACUGGAUCAACGUCUAUACGCCUAGAUGCUUCAACUAAUUUAAUUGAACAAUCUUUCCAUAACGAUGUGAUACGAUUAAUAUCAAUGGCAACUGGAACACAUAUUGUUGAGCAAAUCCCAGGCGCUAUAACAAUGUAUGGUAGGAGUGUACAAGGAUAUCAAAUUGCUGGGUUGGCAAAAUUAACUGUUGAAAAAAAUUUAGUGGUAGAAGAAACUGAAAUACCUGGCAGUGCUCAAAAUACAGGAGUUCGCAUUGAACUUAAAUGCACAGACCAGGCAUUCGUUGAUGGUUUAAUUAGAGAGAUUGAUUAUUUGUUUAGAAAAGAUUUGUGA